AUGUGGUGGUGGCAUGUCAGACUUCAGUGGAGUGAUCCUGAGCCCUGGGUUUCCUGGCAACUAUCCUAGUAGUUUGGAUUGCACAUGGACAAUAAAGUUGCCAAUUGGUUUUGGUGUCCAUUUACAAUUUGUAAAUUUCUCAACGGAAACCAUACAUGAUUACUUAGAAGUCAGAAGUGGAUCUACAGAAACUAGUAAUGUUAUUGGGAGACUAAGUGGCCCUCAGCUACCAGCCUCUCUGUUCAGCACAACUCAUGAAACUAGCUUAUAUUUUCACAGUGAUUACUCACAGAACAAGCAAGGAUUUCAUAUUGUGUAUCAAGCAUAUCAACUACAAAGCUGUCCUGACCCUCGACCAUUUCGGAAUGGUUUUGUUAUUGGGACUGAUUUUACUGUGGGACAAACUAUUUCAUUUGAGUGUUUUCCUGGCUACACAUUAAUUGGAAAUUCUGCCCUGACUUGUCUUCAUGGUGUUAGCCGUAACUGGAAUCAUCCUCUGCCCAGAUGUGAAGCUCUCUGUGGAGGAAAUAUAACUGCAAUGAAUGGCACCAUAUAUUCUCCAGGAUACCCUGAUGAGUAUCCAAACUUUCAAGACUGCUUCUGGCUUGUAAGAGUACCACCUGGGAAUGGAAUCUACAUCAAUUUCACAGUUCUCCAGACAGAGCCAAUAUAUGAUUUCAUAACUGUCUGGGAUGGACCAGACCAAACUUCUCCUCAAAUUGGGCAGUUUAGUGGCAAUACUGCACUAGAAUCAGUCUACAGUACUUCCAAUCAGAUUCUGAUCAAGUUUCACAGUGACUUUACUACUAGUGGCUUUUUUGUACUUAGCUAUCAUGUGGUUUUUGGCCAGUUUGUAUUUUUCCAGACAUCACUCCAUGAUGUGGUUGAAGUAUAUGAUGGCCCAACUCUGCAGUCAUCUUUGUUAUCUUCUCUCUCAGGAUCUCAUUCAGGUGAAUCCCUUCCACUGAGCUCAGGUAACCAGAUCACAGUUAGAUUUACUUCAGUUGGACCAAUAACAGCUAAAGGAUUUCAUUUUGUUUAUCAAGCUGUUCCAAGAACAAGUGCAACACAGUGCAGCUCUGUGCCUGAACCAAGAUUUGGAAAAAGAAUUGGAAAUGAAUUUGCAGUUGGGUCCUUGGUUCUGUUUGAAUGCAAUCCAGGAUAUAUCCUCCAUGGGUCAACAGGAAUUAGAUGUGAUACAGUACCAAAUGCAUUGGCACAGUGGAAUGAUUCACUCCCUACAUGUGUUGUGCCCUGUGGUGGAAUUUUAACAAAGCGCAAGGGGACCAUUUUGUCUCCUGGUUACCCUGAGCCUUAUGACAACAAUCUGAAUUGUGUAUGGAAAAUCACAGUACCAGAAGGAGCUGGGAUUCAAGUGCAAGUGGUGAGUUUUGCUACAGAGCACAACUGGGAUUCUUUAGACUUCUAUGAUGGAGCUGACAACAAUGCUCCAAGGCUUGGAAGUUAUUCAGGAACAACUAUACCUCCACUUCUAAACAGUACAUCAAAUAAUCUGUACCUAAAUUUUCAGUCUGAUAUCAGCGUAUCUGCUGCUGGAUUUCAUCUUGAGUAUACAGCUAUAGGUUUGGACUCUUGUCCUGAACCACAGACACCAAGCAAUGGGAUCAAAAUUGGAGACAGAUACAUGGUUGGAGAUGUGGUUUCUUUUCAGUGUGACCAGGGUUAUUCCCUUCAGGGACAUUCACAUAUCACUUGUAUGCCUGGACCAGUAAGAAGAUGGAACUACCCAAUUCCAAUAUGCUUAGCUGAGUGUGGAGCCUCCACAACAAAUAAUGAAGGGAUUUUACUGUCCCCCAAUUAUCCUCUUAACUAUGAAAACAACCAUGAAUGUAUUUAUAGCAUUCAGGUACAAGCAGGAAAAGGAAUAAACAUUUCUGCCAGAACAUUUCAUUUAGCACAAGGAGAUGUUCUUAAGAUCUAUGAUGGCAAAGACAAUACUGCUCACCUGCUGGGUGCAUACACUGGUGCAUCGUUAAGAGGUCUGACGUUAAGUAGUACUUCAAAUCAUUUAUGGUUGGAAUUCAACUCAGACACGGAAGGCACUGAUGAAGGCUUUCAACUUGUUUAUACAAGUUUUGAACUUUCACAUUGUGAAGACCCUGGUGUGCCACAGUUUGGAUAUAAAAUCAGUGACCAAGGUCACUUUGCUGGAAGCACUAUCGUUUAUGGAUGCAAUCCAGGUUACACACUCCAUGGAAGUAGCCUUCUAAAGUGUAUGACUGGAGAAAGAAGGGCAUGGGACUAUCCUCUACCAUCAUGUAUUGCUGAGUGUGGAGGCCGUUUUAAAGGAGAAUCAUCAGGAAGAAUCUUAUCUCCUGGCUAUCCUUUCCCCUAUGAUAACAAUCUGCGUUGCAUGUGGGUGAUUGAAGUAGACCCAGGAAAUAUUGUCAGCCUCCAGUUUCUUGCUUUUGAUACUGAGGCAUCGCAUGAUAUUCUACGAGUUUGGGAUGGACCACCUGAAAAUGAGAUGUUACUCAAGGAAAUUAGUGGAUCUCUAGUUCCUGAAGGCAUUCACAGUACACUCAACAUAGUAACAAUCCAGUUUGACACAGAUUUUUAUAUCAGCAAAUCUGGGUUUGCCAUACAGUUUUCAAGUUCUGUAGCUACUGCCUGCCGUGAUCCUGGUGUCCCCAUGAAUGGAACUAGAAAUGGGGAUGGAAGAGAACCCGGAGACACUGUGAUUUUUCAGUGUGACCCUGGAUAUGAAUUGCAAGGAAAUGAGAGGAUAACCUGUAUUCAGGUAGAAAAUCGGUACUUCUGGCAGCCCAACCCACCAGUCUGCAUAGCUCCCUGUGGAGGAAACCUGACUGGCUCAUCAGGUUUUAUACUUUCACCAAACUUCCCUCAUCCUUAUCCCCACAGCCGAGAUUGUGACUGGACUAUCACUGUUAAUAAUGACUAUGUUAUAUCACUAGCAUUUAUCAGUUUCAGUAUAGAACCAAAUUAUGAUUUUCUUUAUAUUUAUGAUGGACCAGACAGUAAUAGUCCACUGAUUGGGAGCUUUCAAGAUAGCAAGCUUCCAGAGAGAAUAGAAAGCAGUUCAAAUAACAUGCAUCUGGCUUUUCGGAGUGAUGGAUCUGUUAGUUUCACAGGAUUCCACCUGGAGUACAAAGCCAAGCUACGUGAAUCUUGCUUUGAUCCUGGAAAUAUAAUGAAUGGAACAAGACUUGGAAUGGACUAUAAACUAGGAUCAACUGUCACAUAUUACUGUGAUGCUGGUUAUGUUCUACAAGGAUAUUCUACACUGACUUGUAUCAUGGGAGAUGAUGGAAGACCUGGGUGGAACAGGGCUCUACCCAGUUGUCAUGCACUGUUAAGACAACAUCUGGAGUACUGUGCCCAGUUCUGGCCUUCUCCAUAGAGCUAAUGGAGGCAGUCCAACAUAGGGUCAUGAAGCUGAUGAAAGGACAGGAAUAUCUCUCCUGUGAGAAAAGGCUGAGAGAACUUACACUUUCCCGCCUAGAAAAGGCUCUGGGGGAUCUCAUCUAUGCACACAAAUACCUGAAGUGAUGUUAAAAUCAAUGAAUUAAAAUCAGAUCUCUUCAGUACCAUCUUAAUUACAAAUUCUUUGACUAAUUUGAAGAUUAAAAGCUGAGAAUCGACUU